AGUUGUUGGCAUUAAAUAAAUAAAUAAAUAAAUCUCCCUCGCGCCUUCAAAAACUGCACUCUCGCCAGUCAACCUUUAGUCAUCUCAACUUCCAACUCACUUUUGCUCCACCACCUUCACCAUUCCACCGCCGUCACCGCCUCUCCGCCUCUCCAUACCCCCAACAUUUUCCCAUUAAGCCUCACCUUCCCCCCCAUUCUGGAUAUUAAGGAAUUAAAAGGAAGAAACCUCGAUCGGGAUGGAAGCUUCUACAUCGUCUGAGUCUUGUCUGCAAGGGGGAGAGGAAUCAGAGGAUACUAAGCUCACUACAGCAGAAGAAGAAGAAGAAGCAGAUGAGUAUAUACAGAGAUUGGUUGAGAAAGAAACCUCCAUUGAUGAGCUUCCUAGGGAUUUGUUUAUCAGUGGGUCUUGGAUUCAAGAAGCUCGUUCAGAUGCAAUAAAAUACAUUCUUGAUAAAAGAGGGUUAUUUGGGUUCAGUAUAGAGACAGCAUACUUAUCAGUGAAAUAUUUUGAUCGAUUUCUGUCAAGAAGAUCCAUAGAUGGUAAACAAGAUUGGGCAAUCAGGUUAUUGUCAAUUGCUUGCCUUUCAUUGGCUGCUAAAAUGGAGGAAUGUAGAGUGCCAUCACUACUAGAAUAUCCCAUGGAAUUAUACAAAUUUGAGAGCAAAUUGUUGCAUAUAAUGGAGCUUUUGGUACUCAAUGAAUUGGAAUGGAGAAUGGGACUUAUCACUCCAAUCGCCUUCACCCGAUAUUUCGUGAUGAAGUUUAGCAAAAACUGUCGAGGAAACGCCCAAACGCCAAUCGAUCAAGGCGCUUUAGAGUCGAAAUCUAUGGAGAUAAUGUUGAGAGUGAUGGAAGACAUAAAGUUAAUAGGUUACAGAUCAUAUGUACUAGCUGCAGCAGCAACAUUGCUGGCAUUGGAUCAAGGACUAAAAAAAGACACCAUUGAGGUUAAGAUAAAUGCCUUACCUAGAAGUGGAUUUAUUAAAAUUGACGAUCUGUUGUUCUGCUACAAUCAAAUGAGGGGGUUAGACACGGAAGAAUACGAGUUCAUAGAGUCCAUCAUAGUGUCUCCUCCCUUGUCACCGAAAGAAGAAGGCGAAAUCAACGGAGAUGAAUAAGAAAAAAGGGCUAAAAGAUGGACAUUGACCAAGAAGCUAACUUCGAGUCUUUGAGUUUAAAUUUCGAGUUUAUAGCGUUGGGGUGGAAAAGGGCCUCGAUAUAAUGAUAUAACUAUAUACAUAUAAGAGGUUACUACUUACUAGACAUCAUAUCACCGGAUUUAGGUCUAUAUACUUCGUAUAUUUUUUGAAAGAAGUUCUUUGUAGCGGUUUUUAGGUACACAAUGACUUGCUGUCCUCGAUUUAGAAAGGGGCGUGUUUGGGAUGCUUUGAUUUGGUUUGUUUGUGCAUUUCUAAAAGCUGAAAGCAAGUGGGGUUUUAAAGGGGGAAAUCUGUAUGGGUUUGGGAAGUUGUUUGUGUGAUUUGGAGCACAUUUUGUGAAGGUGAAUCAUGAAAUGUUAAUCUGUUUGAAUGUUUGUAGCAAGGGGUUUUGAGGUGGGGCCUUUGAUCUCCUUUUUUCUCCUAUGAAGUUGUGUUGAAAAGGUUGUGGAAAACCCUAAAAUAAUAAAUUGUCUGGAAAGGAAAGAAUUUCCAUUUUGAUUACAUUUUAAUGAACAAAUUUUUGUA